AUGGCGGCGAUAUCGACGGCGCUUGUGCCGGCACAGGCAAAGGCCCUCUCUUUCCCGUUGGCCGGCACCGCGAGAACAGCCGCGUCGGCCGCUCGGCCUGUUGUGUGCGUAUCCGCCGGCGGUUCUCGACGCAGACAAUCUAACCUCAGCUCACGUAAGUCGACAACCCCUCUCCUGGGCGGAUCUAAAACCCCGAUCUCCGGUCACAGAUCUGCCUCAUCUUCAGACUCUCUUCGACCACAAGCAGCUACCGGCGGCAUCGACGGAUCGGGCAAUGGCGGCAGCGGCGGUGGCGGCGGCGGUGGCGGUGGUGGCGGCGGCGGCGGCGGAAGCGGUGACAGCAGCAGCAGCGGUAGCGGCGGAGGGUUCAACCCUUUCGCGGCUUUCCUUAGAGGGUGGAACGAUCGCAUCGCGGCCGAUCCGGGGUUUGCGUUCAAGGUCCUUGCGGAGAUGGUCAUUGGCGUGACCGCGUGCGUGAUCGGCGACAUGGCGGCACGCCCUAACUUCGGCAUGAACGAGCUCGACUUUGUCUUCUCCACGCUCGUCGUCGGAUCUAUUCUGAACUUUACGCUCAUGUUCCUCCUUGCGCCCACCUCCGCCGCCGGCGCCGCCGCCACCCUGCCCGGAAUCUUCGCGUCGAGUCCGACGGGUCACAUGUUCGAGGCCGGAAAAUACUCCGUGGUCCAGCGCGCCGGCACGUUCGUGUACAAGGGUAUUCAGUUCGGUUUGGUCGGUUUCGUAGCCGGUCUUUUUGGAACCGCGAUCUCCAACGGUCUCCUCGCGGUGCGCAAGAAGCUCGAUCCGAACUUCGUCGUGAUGAACGAAGCGCCGCCGACGAUUCUUAACGCCGCCACGUGGGCGCUGCACCUGGGGCUGAGCAGCAACCUUCGGUAUCAGAGCCUGAACGGGAUCGAGAUGGCGCUCGGCGCGCGGCUGCCGCCCGGCGUGUUCAAGGGCGUCGUUUUCGCGCUCCGAGGGAUCAACAACAUCAUUGGCGGCGUGUCGUUCGUCACACUGGCGAAGCUGACCGGAUCGCAGAAAUCGGGCACCGCCGCCACAGAGGACGCUGAUGCGGAAAAGAAGGCGGCUUUCAUUAACGUACGGCUCACUGAUCUGUUCCUGCUACCCUCCCUUCAUCCCUCUUCCCCUCUCUGCUUUCCCCCUUCCCCUCUCUUCUUUCCCUCUUCCCCUCUCUUCUUUCCCUCUUCCCCUCUCUUCUUUCGCUCUUCCCCUCUCUUCUUUCCCUCUUCCCCUCUCUUCUUCCCUCUUCCCCUCUCUUCUUUCCCUCUUCCCUUCCCACCUUAA